ACACGUGAGUGGUGAUUGCUUGCUACUCCUGCCUCGUCACAGGCCACACUUCUUUGGUCACGCGCUGGUCACAACUCAACUCGACCGGUGACUCUCUCACCUUUCUUCCUCCUCGUAACUUUCUUUCUACAUCUUUAUCUCCCUCCUAAAGUCUCCUAACACCCUCUGGAUAACCCAAGCGAAGGUAACAAGCACGAAUGAUGGCGAAUUCCAGAGGACUUAUGGCGUUGUUUUUGCCGAUGUUGUUUCUGUACUUUGUACUUGGGACGGGUAGAGCAGGUGUGAUGCCCAGGUCUUCAGAACGCGCAGACGCAACUACGAUACCCCCACCACCCCUACCACCUCCUGCUAUCGGACGUUUCAACGUUAGCGACUCCUCUACCGGCGUCAGAUGUAUCCUGGUACACAUGGGCGUGCAGUUCAAGAUCCAGUACACCUCUAAAGAUGGCGACGAUCUCAUGGCCGACUUCCAACUCUCCCCGUACGCAGACGACAGUGGCUCCUGUAUGGACGGUCAGGGACUGGCAAACAUUCUUCUCCAGUGGCCACUGAGCGACGAAGGGCCCAACUACCAGUUCACCCUGUCAUUCAAGAAAGACACCGUCGCCCAGGAAUUCCAUCUGAACGACAUAGUCCUCAACUACAACCUCACAGAAGGCGACUUCCCCAACGCGAACGAGACCAACAUGAUCAAGACUAUCGAGGAGCACGGCAUCCAGGACACGUUCAGCGCGCCGCUCGGCAAGUCUUACAAGUGCCGCACUGAGCAGACCAUACAGAUCGGAAACGUCGCGACCAUCAACUUUGUGGGAGUUCAGCUCCAGCCUUUCGAAGUGCAGGGAGAUGAGUUCGCUGAGCCUAACGUCUGCGCGGAGGACGGGGUCACAACGCCGGCCCCCACCACCAAGCCUCCACCGCCGCUUCCACCACCCCAAGUCGGCCACUUCAACGUGACGGACCCUAACACAGGGGACAUGUGUAUCCUGGCAUCGCUCGGCCUGCAGUUCAAGAUCCAGUACGACUCCAGAGACGGAGACGAGGACAUGGCGGACUUCCAGCUGUCUCCGCGGGCAGAAGUGGGCGGCGAGUGUGACAACGGGCAGGGGGAGGCUUCUAUUCUUAUGCGGUGGCCUGUAGGCGCCGAUGGCAAUGCUCCCUACACGCUCGCUCUGGUCUUCACCAAGGCCAGAAACAUAUUCAGUCUCAACGGCCUCGUCUUUAACUACAACCUGACUCAAGACGACUUCCCAGACGCCAACGAGACAGACUCCCAGAAGACGAUCACGAUGAACGAUCUUAAAGACCAGUUCAGCGCCCCGGUAGGACAGUCUUACAAGUGUCAGGCCGAACAGACCCUACAAGACGGCACGGUCGCAACCUUCAACUUCGUCGGGGUUCAGCUGCAGCCGUUCGAGGUGAAGGGUAACACGUUCGGGUCGCCCCGAGUCUGCGCCGAGGAUUUCACCACCACUCCCCGGCCUCCUGGCCCCUCCACUACCGCCUACGAGCCCUUACCUAUCCCCGGCGACUGGAAGGUCACAAACAGCAGCGGCAAGGUGUGUAUGAGAGUGAAGGCUAGUAUCCAGUUCAAAGUGAAGUACUACAAGACAGACAACACGAUGGAGCAGACAGAUCUGACUGUCCCUCCACACAUCAACGCUACCGGGACCUGCGCAGGCGUCACAGGAAACAGCGCCAGUCUCGUGCUCUCAUGGGACAACUUGUACACGGUAACUAUCAAAUUCUCCAAAAACAUCGGCACGGACAGUACAAGCUUCAAACUGAACAACAUCCAGGUGGAGUACACGGUGAACGAGGACGGUUUUCCGGAGUGCAGGUACUGUGGCACGGCGGGUCGGGCCUCCAACCUCACCGUGGACGCCUACCACGGGAAGGUCGGCAGGGCUCUGACCUGCACAACUCCGGUCGUCAUUCCUGUCGACACCAACGUAACGAUGAAGAUCGCAGAGCUCGAGGCGCAGCCGUUCGGUAUCGGUCAGGGCGGACAGUUCGGCGAGACGGACCAGUGUCCCCAGGACGGCACGCCGGGCGGGGGAGGAGGAAACGGCGGUACUGUGGCGCUGGCUGUCUGCCUCACACUCUUCUGCGUCAUAGCCCUCGGGGUCACCUGUUACUUCUACCGGAAAAAGAGGUCCGAGUACCAGAAAUUUUAAAUCAAAUUCCAAAAUGCAUGGCGGUAAUAUGUACAUUCCAAACUGUCAGAAAUGUACAGAAUUAAGACUUGAUUAUUCAUCCCAUGUUAGUCCAGAAAAAAAGUCGUUAAACGUGUUAAUCGGAUGUAUUUGGAUUAUUGUAUGAAAACUCUAAAAUGUACACAAUUAAAGAAAAAUAGGGCAUCUAUGGAUAAUCAUGUGCGUAUACGUGUUAUUACAUUCAUAAAGUCUCGAAAAAAACGGGGCAAUAAUAUACGGUCUUUAACAACAUUUCUAUUGUAAACUUGGCAUAACUCUGCCCAACCAUAUCUAAACAAAGUCAAAGCAACAAGCGAAAAUUGUAUGAACAAACGGAAUUUGUUGUGUUUUUCAGCAUAAAAAAAGCUAUACAAUAGAAACCCGUAUAGUCGAUAAUCUGUAAUUUAGUGAUUUGGCUCGUUGCUUACAAUUCGCUACCGUGAUAUCCAGAAAGACUUCAUUUGGCAAACAACAGCAUCAUUCGGAUUACAACACAUGUUAUUACAAUGGGUGUCAGUAGCCCUUCAUCUUUGGUAUUGAUGUGUAAUCUCGUCGUACAUUGUUUUAAUGUACACAAAACCAUGUAAAAUUUAGAUUUAUAUGCGUUAUAAUAUAAAAAGAAACAUCAAUAGGGUCAAAAGGAAAUAUAGUUUUGUUUUUAGCAUGUUGCGAACUGAACGCAAAUAUUGAAGAAGUGUCUAGCUUUAAGUUAAUUCCACUACUGUGUAGUACUGAUAUAAAUGACGCUUUGCUAAUAAAAAAAAUUAU